UGUUUGGCAUUUGUGCUUUUCACGGCGACGUGGAAAGUUUUCGCUAUUUAUUCAAAAUGUUUUGUUUGUUUGUACUCGACAGUGUGGUUUGUACGUUCGUUUUAGUAGCGGAGUGAGUGUUAGCUAGCAUGGAGCGAGCUAAACUUAACACGACAAGCUAACGCUUGCGUAAAAGCUAAAUCCGUAACCGUAACGUGAUUUCCUCGAAGUUGCGUUGACGUUCUUGUGAGCCGGCCGCCAACUUUGUGGUGUUGACAUAAGAAUAACAUUAAAAUAUUAGGAGACAAAAGCGAAUCACGAGAUCCGAGCGUCGUUUCUCCGACGGAUAAACUUUGCCCUGAACGGAUCACCCCCCCUUCAGACAACCCCCAACCCCAGAAGAAUAUAAAACUAAAUUUUUGUGGGUCUCCAGUCAUGAGAAUUCCGACUUGUUCUUUCCAAGGCGCCGCCGUGAUGGAGCAGCGAGGUGGCGGCGGCAGCAGCAGCGACGAUGAUGAUGAGAUGGUGGACCUCACCGGGGCCACGCUGGACUUCUCGUCCAACUACGACGACCCUCUUCUCGCUUCCGGCGAUUACGAGACGUCCGCGAAUGGCGCCGGCCCUUCCAAGUGGCUGGACCCUCCGGAAGAUGCGGCGCCCGGGCUCGGCACCUAUGAGGACUUCAACACCAUCGACUGGGUCCGCGAGAAGAGCAAGGACCGCGACAGGCACCGAGAGAUCAGCAACAAAAGCAAAGAGUCGGUCUUGUCAAUGGCACUGAGCAUCAUUGACGCCUUCUCGGGUUGGCUACUGAUGCUCCUGGUGGGCCUCAUGUCAGGCGCGGUGGCAGGCGGCAUCGACAUUGCCGCCCACUGGCUGACGGACAUGAAGGGAGGCGUGUGCCUGGCAGGUUUCUGGUUCAACCACGAGCACUGCUGCUGGACCUCCAACGAGACUACCUUCAAUGAUCGACAUCGCUGUCCUCAGUGGCAGAGCUGGGCCCAACUAAUCAGCGGUACCUCACAGGGCGCGUUCGCUUACACGCUGGACUACGUUAUGUACAUCUUCUGGGCGCUCUUGUUCGCCUUCCUGGCCGUGACGCUGGUGCGGGCUUUCGCUCCAUAUGCGUGCGGCUCCGGAAUCCCCGAGAUCAAAACGAUCCUAAGCGGCUUCAUCAUUCGUGGCUACCUGGGCAAGUGGACGUUACUCAUCAAGACGGUGACUCUGGUUCUGGCCGUGUCUUCCGGCCUCAGCCUGGGCAAAGAAGGCCCGUUGGUGCACGUAGCCUGUUGCUGCGCUAACAUCCUAUGCCACUUCUUCACCAAAUAUCGCAAGAACGAAGCCAAGCGCAGAGAGGUGCUCUCUGCCGCAGCGGCGGUGGGCGUUUCAGUGGCGUUCGGCGCUCCGAUCGGCGGCGUUCUGUUCAGCUUGGAGGAAGUGAGCUAUUACUUCCCUCUGAAAACGCUUUGGCGCUCGUUCUUCGCCGCCCUGGUUGCCGCCUUCACGCUCCGGUCCAUCAACCCGUUUGGAAACAGCCGACUGGUUCUCUUCUACGUGGAGUUCCACGCUCCGUGGCACUUGGUAGAGCUGGUGCCCUUUGUCCUCUUGGGCAUCUUCGGGGGCCUAUGGGGGGCGCUCUUUAUCAAGGCCAACAUCGCAUGGUGCCGUAGACGUAAGUCGACCCGUCUGGGACGCUACCCGGUGCUGGAGGUCCUGGUGGUAGCGGCGCUGACAGCUUUGUUAGCGUUUCCUAACGGCUACACCAGGAUGAGCGGAGCCGAGCUCAUUUCGGAACUGUUCAAUGAUUGUUCGCUGCUCGACUCUUCGCAGCUCUGCGGCUACAAACAGCCCACGAACACGACGCAAAGCGGACUUGGCGACGGCCUGGCGGACCGACCGGCCGCGGAAGGCCUCUACACGGCUCUUUGGCAGUUGGCGCUGGCGUUACUCUUCAAGAUGGUUAUCACCGUCAUCACCUUUGGAAUGAAGGUUCCGUCGGGACUGUUCAUCCCUAGCAUGGCGGUGGGCGCCAUCGCGGGCAGGCUGCUGGGCGUAGGCAUGGAGCAGCUAGCCUACUACAAUCAUGAUUGGUUCCUCUUCCGAGGCUGGUGCUCGCCCGGUGCCGACUGCAUUACGCCGGGCUUGUACGCUAUGGUGGGGGCCGCCGCCUGCCUUGGCGGGGUGACGCGCAUGACGGUGUCUCUGGUGGUCAUCAUGUUCGAACUGACAGGCGGCCUGGAAUACAUCGUGCCUCUCAUGGCCGCCACCAUGACCAGCAAGUGGGUGGCCGACGCUUUCGGGCGUGAGGGAAUCUACGAGGCGCACAUCCGACUGAACGGGUACCCCUUCCUGGAGGCCAAAGAGGAAUUUGAGCACAGCAGCCUCGCCGAGGACGUGAUGAGGCCCCGGAGGUCGGAUCCCGCCCUGGCCGUGCUCACGCAGGACGGCAUGACCCUCGGCGAAGUGGAGGCGCUAGUGGAGGGAACGCACUUCAGCGGCUUUCCCGUCGUCGUCUCUCAUCAGUCCCAGCGCUUGGUGGGCUUCGUGCUCAGAAGAGAUCUUCUAAUAUCUAUCGAUAACGCUCGCCAGCGUCAAGAAGGCGUGGUGAGCGCGUCCCAGGUGCUCUUCACCCAGCACACACCCGCGCAAGCCCCGGAAGCCCCUCCUUUCGUCCGGCUUCGGAACAUCUUGGACCUCAGCCCCUUCACCGUCACCGACCACACGCCAAUGGACAUCACAGUCGACAUAUUCCGCAAACUUGGCUUGCGGCAGUGCCUGGUCACGCACAACGGGAGGCUUCUGGGUAUUAUCACCAAAAAGGACGUUCUCAAACACAUGGCGCACAUUGCCAACAGAGACCCCGACUCCAUUCUCUUCAAUUGAAGCCUGGCCAACUCCGGCCGUCUCGCGCUUGCGUCCCGAGCGGCUUUUUUUUUUUUUUUUUUCUGCACACUCCGGGAUGGAGAAAAAGACUCAUCCUCCAUGUUAUGUGGGAGCUGCCAGACGGCGUCUCUGGAAAAUCUCACAUCUGCUCCAUUUUUAGUUGUCAUCUUCCUUUUCGUCCUCCCCCAAUCAUCCUCGUCCAGCCCGCGGAGGAUUUGAGAGCAUAUAGAAAACCUCGGGACGCCAGAGACGAUAAAGUUUGCAGAACUCAGCCCGCGGCCGUCGGACGAGCCCAGACGCGACGCUCCGAGUCGGGGCGGAUGGAUUCCCAUGCCGCUUUCCCCCCUCUCCUCUCGAAUCGGGCGUGUGCGAACACAGAAAAACCACAUUGAGGAAACGAACAAAAAAAAAAGCAAUCAUGUCACGUGGAACGAUUUAUUUCCUACUAAAUUAUUUCUCUAA